AUGGCAUGCUUUCCUGGUCUGUUUGCAAACUGUGGCAAACUCCUUUGCCAUGACCCGGGAGAGCUCCGGAUCCACCAGAGCCACAUCGGUCCUCUCUUUGAGGCGGUAUUCUUCUGUAAGUUAGCCUGCGUUGAGGCAGUAAGAGCAGGUGCCCGGGAUGUUCCCUGCAACUCCGGGGGUGUGCGGCACAAAGAUCGCAGACCUCUUGAGGAUGUAUCGGACGUGGAUCUCGGGGAUCGCAGAGACCUGUUGGGGCAGUUCUCCAGCAAAGACUGGCUGGGCAUGGUCCUCACCCCAGAGGCCCAGAAGGCCAUGCCAGACCCAUCAAAGAAGAUGGAGGUGCUGCUUUCCACAGAAUUCCUGGAGGUUGUCAAGCUCCCUGGAGACAUGGGAAUUGUCGAUGCGGUCCCUGCAGGGCCGGAGCAUGAGUUGGGUGGCCCGCGGCAGUUAUCCGUGGACUACACCAGGCUUCUGCGCCUUGUCUCCGUGAAGCUUAUGGGUCUGGAGACGCCGGAAGAGUUCGUGGAUGAAGUCAUGUACUGCUCUGCCUUCCCCACAGUCGAAGAGCCCGUGCUUCUACUUGUAGAAGCAGACUUCUGGGGAGAAGAAGGUGGCUCGGCAGCACUGUCUGUGGCCCCUGGAACUUGCAGGUGGAUCUCCAGUCCUUCCGGUGGCACACUCAAGCAGCCGCCCAUGAAGACCAAGAAGGCCAGAGCGUGGGGUGCUUCGCAAACCAAUCCGAAAGGCAGCUUUCUCCACAAUGUCAGCACGCACUCCCAGCUGAUGAUUGAGCGCCUUGCGGUUGAGAAGAAGAUGCCCUAUGACGAGAUAGCCAAGAUUGCAGGCCUCCCAGCGGGUCAGGUCAAGCUGCUGGUGGAGAUGCAACGAAGCUUGCAAGUGGUCUGGUAUCAAUCAUUUCACAGGCUGCUGGAAUAUCCAGGCGGCAGCGUCAGCGUCGAAGUCUCCAAGGAGGAUAAAACUUCACUUGGCAAAGUUAGCGUUGACUUGGCGGAGGCAGAUCGGUGA